CUCGAGCGGAGUGUCUGUGUGCGUGUCCGCGCGUGUGUGUGCGCUCCGCUGCCAAACGCACACUCACACCCACGGGGGACGGGUUUGUCCGGUCACACACGACACACCGACACCGACUACCACUUCACCGCAGUUGAGCUCGGACCGUGAGAGGAAAUUAAAGGAAAUACCGAGAGGAAGAGGAGGAGGGCGCGUGAGUGAAAGUUUGAAGAUGGAAAAUUCGUCCAGCAACAACCGGUUUCGGUCCGCAAUGUUCAAUCACGAUGAUGAGAUUGCAGAGUGCACUGUAGCUCCAGUUGCAAUGGAAGACAGUGACCAUGAAAUUCACUCUUCUUCAGAUGAGCACGAUUCCUGCCCUCCCUCCCCCAAUCACAGCAGGGACCAUGACAUGGAACAGCAUUCAAGCCAUUCAGAUGAUGCAGAGGUGGAGAACAUUAUGCAAGACCCUCAGCAGCAUGGAGGGCACAGCCACCAUCACCAGCACCAUGAGCACACGCACCACCACCAUCAUGGCCAUGAGUCACAUGACGCAAACAGGGAGGCUGAGGGCCAAGACUGCCCACAUACCCCGUCUUAUCUGAGGCCCCCUGUGGCCGGCAGCGCGCUGUCAGAUUCAGGGUCAGAGCCCAGUCUGCCGCACAGCAGAAGUGUGGAGUUUGACUUGCCGUCCCCCGUCAGUCCCACCAGGCCCAGGAGCCCCUGGGCUCGAUUUGACCCUUACGACAAUACUGAGGAUCAGGAUAAGGAGUACGUUGGUUUUGCAACUUUGCCAAACCAAGUCCACCGCAAGUCAGUCAAGAAGGGAUUUGACUUCACCCUGAUGGUGGCAGGGGAAUCUGGCCUGGGAAAGUCCACCCUGGUCAACAGUCUAUUUCUCACAGAUCUUUACAAAGAUAGGAAGCUGCUCAAUGCAGAAGAGCGAAUUACGCAAACAGUAGAAAUCACCAAACACACAGUGGAUAUAGAAGAGAAAGGUGUCAAACUGAAGCUCACCAUCGUGGACACCCCUGGGUUUGGAGAUGCUGUAAACAACACUGAAUGCUGGAAGUCGGUGGCCGACUAUAUCGACCAGCAGUUUGAACAAUACUUCAGGGACGAGAGUGGUCUCAACCGCAAGAACAUCCAGGACAACAGAGUACACUGCUGCCUCUAUUUCAUCUCACCAUUUGGUCAUGGCCUUCGGCCUCUGGAUGUGGAGUUUAUGAAGGCUCUGCAUGAGAAGGUCAACAUCGUCCCUAUCUUAGCCAAAGCAGACACACUCACCCCCACUGAGGUCAAGAAAAAGAAAAUCAAGAUCAGAGAAGAGAUUGAACAGUAUGGUAUUAAGAUAUACCAGUUCCCAGACUGUGACUCGGAUGAGGAUGAAGAAUUCAAGCAGCAGGACCUUGAACUGAAGGAAAGUAUUCCCUUUGCAGUCAUUGGCAGCAACACUGUGGUGGAAGCCAAAGGGAAGAGAGUGCGAGGCCGGCUUUACCCCUGGGGCAUCGUGGAGGUGGAGAACUCGGCGCACUGUGAUUUUGUGAAGCUGCGGAACAUGCUUGUUCGCACACACAUGCAGGAUCUCAAGGACGUGACCCGGGAGACCCACUAUGAGAACUACAGGGCCCAGUGCAUCCAGAGCAUGACCCGCAUGGUUGUGAAGGAACGCAACCGCAAUAAACUAACCAGGGAGAGCGGCACAGACUUCCCCAUCCCUGUGGUCUCUGGGGUGACGGACAGCGAGACAGAAAAGCUCAUCCGAGAGAAGGAUGAGGAGCUGCGACGAAUGCAGGAGAUGCUGCAGAAGAUCCAGGAUCAAAUGCACACUCAGAAAGAAGCCUAUUAACACAGGACAACAGUCAGCUGUGUACAUGUCUGUCAGUCUGUCAUUAAAUGGGUGACAAAAACACCCAGGAAACCUUUACCUUUACUCGAACGUUUGACACCCUACAUGUCCACUCAACCACUCGGCCUCAUCAGCAGCACGUUAUACCAUACAUGGAUCAGGGAUCUGGUGGUAAGAUGUUCUGACGUUUUCCAUUUAACAACUCUGUUUUCUCCAGAAUCUCAUACUUUACCACCUCUGAACAAUAAAAACUUUGCUGUUAAAGUGAAAGUAGAAUGAAUUAAUAUGAUGCAGUCUGAUUUUCACAUAUCUGAACUUUAUUUAGCCACAUGAUCACAGGGUUGUUGAUUUCUUUUUCUUUUUUUUUAACAAAACAUCUGAUAUGAGGUUUACAUCCAAGUACUGUUGACCUGCUCAGAUUUUUAAGCACAUUUUUCUUGUGCAACUGUUUAUUAUUUAAUCUCUAUACGUCAACAUGCAUAUAUACUGUAAUAAUUUAAUUUUCUAUAUUACAAUACAAACUUUUUUCCUACCACAUUUUAUCUUUUAUGUGCUCCUGGUUUUAUUUAACUCCACUCUAGUACACCACCUGACGUGUUUUCAUGUCAGCUGUUUCUGUUUGUUUAACCUUUUUAUGCAGGGAUUAUUCACUUUCUUUUAAUUGUUGCUUUUACUAAUGUCUCUGCUCAGUGAUGGCCAGUCUUAACUCACAUUAGAAACCACUUUGAUUUACAUGCCAUGAUUUAUCAUUUAACACAAAAUAACUUUUUACAUGACAGAGGAGUUCACAUUUAUUGUUUUCUGAGUAAUUUCCCGAAGCAGUUGUUUGGAAUCUGUUAAUCGAUAGAGCCACCUCAGACACAUGUUAGUUGUUAGAGACGAGUAUCAGUACUUCGACAAGACCUUUAUUUUUGCAUGUAGGUGUGUGUCUAUGGGAAGGGUUGCAUCAGAGGCCAUGCAGUUUGUUUUUGCAUGUAUUGUAAAGCUCAGACUGCAGAUUGAUUAUUUGAUAGUGAGGUUAUUUAUGGGCUAUGAAAAUAUAUAGCAACAAAAAAAAAAAAAGUGGGGAAAUGUAUGAAGCCAAGUUGUUUUUUGUUUUUUUAAACUUUAUUUAAAUGGCUGUUAUUUCAGGUGGUUAUAAUGAAUAUGGAUCCUAUAACCAAAGCCAAUUUCAUUUGAUAUAAAUUUUAGAUUUUCCUUAGCAGAGUUCAAGACCUUUUCUCCAGCUGACUUUGUGAUUUGCUCGCCAUUCAUUUUCUGCCAUAACAAGUCACAAUGUCUGCAUUAAAAAAGGUCAAAGUUUAUGAAGCAAAUUUGUUGCUAAUCAUUUCCUUUCUGUGACUUGGAUGACUCUGCCAUGUUGUGUGAUAUUUUGUUAAAUUACAUUCCUUAUACUUCUGUCCCAGAGUCGGGUAUAACUUUGUUUCUAAUUUCAUUUGUUUUUUAUAUUAAGUCUCUGUCUUUUGUUAUUCCACUGUUUGGAGUAUAUUUAUGUAAAAAUUUAUAUUUGAGAUAUGGAUGGAGAGGACAAAAUGUUCAAAUUCUAAUAUUGUAAUAAAAUAUAAAUAUAAUUGUCUCCAUUA